AUGCAGAUUUCAGACAAUUCCUAUCGGUCAGUGUACGUGACUGAAUCAAAUACAAAUGCAACCCAAGAAGGAACGGUUUCCAACCUCACUCCAGACCUCGCCUAUGGCGGCGACGCGACAGCCAUAUCCCUCCAACUCAGACCUAAACGCAGACCAAUCGCAAACCCUACCUUCCUCCGUUUCUUCUCAUCAUCAAACCCCGCAGACUUCACCAACGCCGAUGACCAAAAUACCCUACCACCACUGCCACCACAAUCUCCACCCUGGUUGGAGGGCGUCCGCGAGAGCUUACGUUACCUCCGAAUGAACAACUCUACCAACAACAUCACCACCACCACCGAAGCGAGUAACAAAGACAGUAAGCCCUCGUUCGAGGGCCUCCGCGAGAGCUUACGUCAGCUCCCAAUGAACAACCCCACCACCACCACCGAAGCGAGUAACGAAGGCAGCAAGCCCUCGUUCGAGGGUCUCCACGAGAGCUUACGUCAGCUCCAAAUGAACAACCCUACCACCACCACCGAUCUCCCAAUGAACAACCCCACCACCACCACCGAAGCGAGUAACGAAGGCAGCAAGUCCUCGUUCCUCCAAAUGAACAACCCUACCACCACCACCGAAGCGAGUAACGAAGGCAGUAAGCCCUCGUUCGAGGGCCUCCACGAGAGCUUACGUCAGCUCCAAAUGAACAACCCUACCACCACCACCACUACUACUACUACCACCACCACCGAAGCGAGUAAAGAAGGCAGUAAGCCCUCGUUCGAGGACCUCCACAGGAGCUUACGUCAGCUCCAAAUGAACAACCCCAUCACCACCACCACAAUGGAAGCGAGUAACGAAGGCAGUAAGCCGAACGAGGGCCUCCAAAUGAACAACCCUAUCAACAGCAACACCACCACCACUACCAUCGAAGCGAGUAACAAAGGCAGUAAGCCCUCGUUCGAGGGCCUCCGCGAGAGCUUAUGUCAGCUCCGAAUGAACAACCCUACGUACAACAACAACAAUCCUACCAACAACAACAACAAUCAACAGGGCGCGGAUUUGAGGCAGAGCCUCAUGGAGAAGGAGACGGAGUCCAAGUUUGUCAGGCCUUUGUUCUCGAUCUCGGAUUUGAGGGAGAGCCUCACGGUGUUGCGGCGCUUGAAGGAAGAGAAGGACAAGAAGCAGAAGUGUGAGUGA